AUGGAAGUUAAGUCGGAGGAUCGAAGGGCUAGAAUUGUAGGAGAGACGCGGAACGGUGUUUCCGUCUCCCUCACACGGGGCCCUAGGCUGCGAGGCGCAGGUGUCCUGCGCACGCGCAUUGGGAAGCGUGGUGGGGAAAGCAGCAAGGUGGUCGGAGGGGGGGUAUUCCGUUGUUGCGUGCCCUGGUGCGGGGCGCGCACGGCGGGUGCCGACGACGACUAUGCCUUGAGAGACGGCAGCCCUCAACCCGAACACGAACAAUUCGUUGCUCCCGAAGCCAUAGUAAACUCACCUCGUCCGCUUGGACAACAAUCCCCUUUACCUGGUAUAGAAGAAGAGGACGAUUCGGACUGGCCGCUAGAAGACGCAACGGACGCAACCCUUACCCCUUCCUAUAAGAGUACCAGAAGUAGCACAGACACUGCUUACACAUCGUCGAGGAGUUCAGGAAAGAAGCGCGGCUUCGGAAGCCCAUCUUCUGUCAAGAUAUGUGUUUCGGCGGCUGCUAGAAAGUCCAAUAAGGCCCGAAAACGUGGCUCUACGACGGUCAGCGCGUCGCCGACGGGUCAAGCUGGAGACGAACUACCUCCACAGUCUCAUUACGUCAAAAUGCAAGCUGAACAGGGCAGCAUCGGGGAACUGCAGAAGUACCACGGAAGGUACCUCAAGAGUAGGAGGCACACGCUCGCCAAUGUCCGGUAA